UAAUUUCCUUUCGAUAUAUACCUGCACUUGAAGCCGUCAUCUCGACAUCACAUCCCAGAAGCCUCACUCUCCGCAUCUUCAAUCGUUACCGUGUAACCUUGCUUCCACGUACCACAACAUCCGAAACUCCUCCCCAAAUUUGACAUCAUGGCUAUGACUGGAAAAUGCCACUGUGGUGCGGUCGCCUACGAGGCCGAACUACCAGAUGACAAGAAGAAUCACGUCCUCUGCCAUUGCAAUACCUGCAAAGUCCUGAGCACUGGCGCUUUUAGCUUGAACCAGAUCAUCCCCAAGUCGGUAUUCAAGGUCACCAAGGGCGAUUUGAAGACCUACACCUACAAGGGAGACUCUGGCAAGGGCGUCGACUGCCUCUUCUGCAGCGCGUGUGGCACCCACAUCUACCACGUCCAGGAAGCUCUACCGGCCGAGCUCAUAGUCCUCCGUACCGCGACGCUCGACGACAGCAAGUCGUUCCCAGUGGCCGUGGAGGUGUACGGCAAGGACCGGUAUGAGUGGCAAAAGGAGGUGGCGCACACCUUCGAGGUCAUGCCGCCGGCGCCGUAGGGAUCUAAUAGGUAAUGGUACCUGAUAUCAGGUAUUCAUUCGAUACGAUAUCCGGGUGCGAUAGACAAUUUCAUGAGAAGUUCA